ACAAGAUGAACAAGGCCUAGUUACCCGUUUCCAUGAAAACACACAAAAGGGUUAUUGCAGUCCUGGCUUAUAAUUUCAGUAAUGGUGCGAAUAACUGAAGAUUUGGUUAGGAGAAGGGCAGAACAUAAUGAUUAUGAAAUAUCCUCUCUCGAAGAGUUGUCACUUCACCAACAGGAUAUUGAGAAAAUUGAACAUCUCGACAAAUGGUGCAAAGAGCUGAAGAUAUUGUACCUGCAGAGCAACUUAAUUCCUCGCAUUGAAAAUGUUGGAAGAUUAAAGAAACUGGAGUACUUGAACCUUGCCUUGAAUAACAUAACAAAAAUAGAGAACUUGCAGGGCUGUGAAUCUUUGAAAAAGCUUGAUUUCACUGUUAAUUUUAUUGGUGAGGUUACUAGCAUUGAGUCAUUGAGAGGCAACGAGCUUUUGAGAGAAAUGUAUCUGACUGGAAACCCAUGCACACAGUAUGAAGGUUAUCGUGAGUAUGUGAUAGCAACACUGCCACAGCUGCGACAACUUGAUGGAAAAGAGAUUGAGAAAUCAGAGAGGAUUGAGGCAACUCAAGAAUAUUCUGCUUUGAGAGAUUCUAUUCUUCAACAGCAAAAACUGUAUAUUGCAAAGAAAGAGAGUGAAAAAUUGGGUGAAAGUACGAAAAAAGGAGGCCCUGGUUAUGAUGGGCGUUGGUAUACAGAUGUUGAUAAUUGUAGUAGUGACCAAAAAGAUAAUGAAGAAAAAGAAGAAGACCUGUCUGAGGAUGAAAAAGAAAGAAGGUAUUGGGAAGAAGCAACAUCAUUCACACCAGAAAGUCGCAUAGAAAUGCACAAACACAUUGAGGAACAACAUGAGAAGAAGAAUCAGAAAAAAUCUCACUACUUUCAUGAUGACCAAACUAAACGUACCACAAGAUUUUUUAAAGAAAACGGGGACCCAAUAAAUGUUAACACAGCUAAAAUAAGCUUCACUUUGAGAGAUCAGGAGGAUGAAGGGCUUAUUAUUUUAGAUGUAGCAUGCUACAAACAUUUAGAUACUUCAUUAAUUGAUGUUGAUGUACAACCAAAGUAUAUCAGAGUUGGUAUUAAGGAAAAUAUAUUACAGUUGGUGUUAAUGGAAGAAGUGAACGCUGAUAUGGCAGUAGCAAAAAGAUCACAAACAACUGGACAUCUUGUUAUUAGUAUGCCAAAAGCAUCUGGGAUUAUAAAAAGGAAUACAAUAAAAUCUAACAGUAAUGCAGACAAAGCAGAUAUCAAUGAACAAAACAAGAAAAAACUAGUUAAAAAGGAAGGUAUUUCUUUAAAUGACUUGUGCAGCAUUGUCAAAGUGUCUAAAGAUCACUCAGAAAAGAACAGGGGAAAUCAACCAGAGCAGAAACUUGAUGAUAAUUUUAUUGAUGACCCUGAUGUACCUCCAUUGAUUUAACCAAUCAAGCUUUCAGUUUGAAAUUAAUUACAGCAUGUUAUCAAAUUAUUCUUCAUUGCCCAUUUUCUAGUCAUGUUGUGAACCUAAAACGUUUAUUCUCAUUGAAAUUUAAGUUUUUUUGCUCUGUCAUGCAAUAUUUUUAAUGUGCAGAAAAAAUUUGAAGUGUUUCUCAUUAACAUGUAUUAAAAAACUUGCUAGAUUUAGUCUCUUUUUAUUGGCUAGGAAGAUCAAAAUUGAUCGUACGCAAGUAGAACACUCCGCAGUAACUUGCUGUGAACAAUCUAAUAAAACAUGCGAUUCUACAAUCGAAGCCUGUGCGUUGCCAUGACCCAAUCAACCUCAAUAUGAAAAUCAAACUUUCCCUGAGCAGCGUAAUCAGAGAAUAACUUAUCAUGUGUUGUUACACACAAAACUGCUCCACAGCUUUUUAUAGCCUCAUUUUCUUCCUCUCUUCACUCUUCUUGUCAUUUUCCAGUUUCCUCUUUCUUUUCAUCUUAUUCUUCUUCUUCUGUGUCCACAAAACAUUUUUUCCCCAGGAAAUAGAGCUGGCUCAGUUCUGGCCCUUCGGAGAGUGAUGUAUCUUUAAUCUUCAUCGUGUAAAGAAAAUUAGUGCUGUUUUCUGUUAUUCUUCAUCAGAAAGUUUUCAGGGGCUAUCAAACUAUUUUAGAACAUGUAUUGGGGCCAUGAAGAUUUUUUUAUUUCUAGCAUUGGGCUACAUUAUUUUAAUAUAAAAUUUGAAUUCUUUUCCACCCCGGUCUGUUUCAUACUUUAUGACAGCUCCCUAAGUUGGUCAAAAUUUCCCUCCUUGCGAUAGGCAGUCGAAAACAUUGCUAACUGUAAAUGCUUCCAAAUAGUUUUGCUAUAUAGGCUAUAAAAAAUGAAAAAUACCUCCUCUAAACAAGAGUUUAUGACACUCUUCAACUCUACUUAUUGAGCUGACAUCAAAACCGGAGUGUACGCCGAAUAUUUUUGUGCCUAAGUAAAUGGAAUGCACCCUGACCAUCAAUACAACAGCUUCUUGUUAUUUACAUUGAUGUGCACUCUGAAGCAAAGGUCGCCCUUUCUUUCUUUCCCCAACACAUGAAUCCUCCCCUCCUAAUUUUUUUCCAAAAAUAAAUAAUCAAUGUCUUUCUGAGAAUCGCCAAAUUGUCUAUUCUGAGUGGUACAACAAUUUGUUAAAUUUUAGUCUGGGAGAUGCAUUUUUAGCCAUUCUAGAAGGCUUGCUUUCAAUAGUUUUCUUCCGCGUCGGACCCAACUAUGAUGGGUCCUCCUAUGUCACUAAACUUUAUUAUUAGCCCCCCAGAUUCAAUUUUGAUAAAAUCCCCCAUAAGCAUUGCCGUAAAUAGUAAAUAGACUAUGGCUAACUUUAGUUAAAAAUCUGAGGAACUGGUAUUCUGGAUAUAAUGAACGAGUUCAAGGGCCCUCCAGCCGGUAUGUAACAUCAGUGUAAUUGAAUAGAAUGUCUUUUGAUUGGUAUUUUAUGUUUUGUCGAAAUUGCUGGACACUUUACCGAACCACAAUCGAGAAGGUCAUCUUCACUUUUGUGCUGAUUACAUAAUUUUUUCAAUUUAUACUCGCAAUUUUAGUCAAAUUUUAUUCAUGGAAUUUUGUACCCAAGUUGCAAAAAUUGAUUUCUCUCCUAGAAACCUAUGCUUUUAUAUAACCACGAUGUAUAGAUAGGGCGCAAGAAUCGACUUGGCCACCCCAGGGAAAACAUAGCCACCCUCCCCCACCCCACCGUUAACAUCAACCAGUUUUAUGCAAAAUAUACCACUAAGUAUCCACCAUGAUCAUAACAAGAGAGGAAAGUGUCGAUGUCAAGUAUGUUCUUGUUCUUCAUCAACGUAAUACUAUCUUCCACUAACGAGUAUCAAUAAUUCUAUACUUUCUUUACGAUGUAUCUGUAUUGGCUUGUAAAAGUGAAGUUGAUUGGGAACGAAGUGUUUUCGAAAUUUAAGCACCGCAUUCUUCUACAAUUGUUGUUUUUUUUAAUUUUGACAUUGGAACAGCUGAUUGUUACCCAUUCUUUCUGCGAAUAACUGAUUCAAGUCUCGAAAAAAUAAACCCACCUCGCCACUGUCUUUAACAAAACAACUAAUAGUUGUACAAAGACGAAACCUUGAUCAUUGUGACAAAAAUAUGAAAUAUCUUGAUGUAUUGAUUCAAUAAAGGAUAGUGAUCCGCCGAUCUCAAGCAGACCCAUUGAGUAAACGGAAUUAAUAAAAAAUGUUAAAACCAUCGGGGGCCUACAUUUCUGGACAAUCUGCUCGGGGCUUCUGAGAUUUGUCCAGGCUACCCGCUGGGUUGUUGUGGCACUGGUUAUACGCACUAACGUGCAUAACACAGUGGUCAGGUAUAGCCUGUGCUCCAGACCCCUAACUUGAAAGUAGGUCUUCCUUUAAGUUAAAGGGUCUGGGACACAGGCUAGGUCAGAUAUUUUCUGUGCUGGAAAUUAGGAUUAUAUUUUUAGUGGUCUCGAUUCCAAACACAUCGUUUUAUGUCCCAGCCAGAGUAUGUGUUAAGCCUAGCGAAAGCAUUCUUGAACAGAUAACCAGAUGAAUUUUUUCGCUUUUUAAUCUGGUACUUGAGGCCGAAAAUAAUGCGUUGAUAAUGUAUUGAAUCCAUUUAUUUGAUGUUGGCACCAUAAAAAUUUCAAUAAUUGUUUGCCGUUAAGAAAGAAACUAUAAUCACACGGGAUGCGACCUCAACAAUCCAACCUCAGGGAUUUAUAGCCAUACCCUCACCUGAAAUACGGUAAACAUUGAGAAAGUCAGAUAAUAUUGCAGGAUUUAGCAAGCCACUACAGCAAAGCCCUACAUCGAAAAACCGCUGUUGUUUGAAAAAUAUUGUGGCGAUCAUAUGAAUGGAUUUAUGUUCUGAUACUUGAUAAAUUAGAAGGGUGGAGUUACAAUCAGCACAGGGGUGGAGUCAAAAUACUAAAAUACAUUUCAUGUGAAUCGGAUUAAAAGACUAUACUUUUUGCAAGUGCAAGAUUAAAAUACGAGAUAUAUUUGAGCAGAAAAGGCUAAGAAUUUAACUAUGCAUCUUUUUAAUAAAAAUCUAAACAUAAGAGCUGACAAAGAUAAACAUAUGAUGAGACAAAAGCAUGGCAACUACAUGUCAAAAAACACUCAGGAUCAAACUUAUUCUAUAAGCACUCGUAAAAAGCUCAAAUUAGCCAACAGAGAGACAUCUGCUUGUGUGCGUAAAACUUUUCGACAAACGUUUCCUCAUCAAAAGUAGGCGUUUUCUUCCCAGUCGAAUCCAAGCCAACUUUCCCGAACACAUAGGCCUUCCCUUUCGGAAUCAAUGGCACGCAGUUACAGUCGUUGUUUUGUUUCUUCUUGAAUAUUGUCAUCGA